AGAUGAGGAACCAAAUGGACAUAUGUUUUCUGAAAGAAAAGAUACUCGACUCACAUUUUGGAUUAUAACUUGAUUUUCCCACAAUGGCGGAUCUAGAACAAUGGUCUUAUGUAUGGACGCUCUGCUUCACUCUGCUUUGUCUAUGGAGCGGUUCUGCUGCACAAAUAUCUUAUUCUGUUUCAGAGGAAGUGGAGAAAGGGACCACGGUUGGAAAUAUAACUAAGGAUUUAAAAUUGAGUUUACAGCAGCUAGAAAUAACUGGACUUCGCAUCACCUCUGCUGGUGAUAAGGAUUAUUUUGAUAUAAACAGGAAAAGUGGAAUGCUUUUUGUCAACGAAAGAAUAGACCGAGAAGAGCUUUGUCCCACUGCGGUAAAGUGCGUGUUGAAUGUAGAGGCUAUUGUAAAUAAUCCACAUGGUUUACACAGAAUUGAGGUACUUAUUCUUGAUAUAAAUGACAAUGUUCCCAAAUUCAAGCAAGAAAUAUAUACAUUAGACAUGUCAGAGUUGUCAUAUGUGGGCGAAAAACAUCCUUUACCAGUGGCACAUGACGCAGAUGAAGGCAGUAAUUCAGUAAAGACAUAUAAAUUAAGCCCCAACGAGUAUUUCUCGUUGGAUGUGCAGGAUGCUGAUGACAACAGUGUUACUGCUGAGCUUGUGUUGCAGAAACCACUGGAUCGAGAAAAACAGUCUGUAAUUGACCUCACUUUGUCGGCUAUAGAUGGGGCAAAACCAGCUAAAACAGGAACAGUAAGGCUCAAGGUUAAUGUGUUAGAUGUGAAUGAUAAUUCGCCUGUAUUUAGUAAAAACCUUUACAAAACCCAGGUUGUUGAAAACGCAGUUAUGGGCACAGCCUUGAUAACACUGACCGCUACGGAUUUAGAUGAAGGCGUUAAUGCUCAACUUGUGUACUCGUUUGCAGAAAAUGAGAGAUUUAAUCCCAAUGAUAAGUUCACUAUAAACACAAAUACAGGUGAGAUUGCAGUAAAAGGUGAUAUUGAUUAUGAGGAAAACCAAGCGUAUGAGAUACGUGUUCAGGUUCGAGACAAAGGCGUGCCUCCGCGUCUUGCCCAUGGGAAAGUUUUAGUGGAGGUUAUAGAUGUAAAUGACAAUGCUCCAGAAAUUUCGGUGACUUCAGUGAUGAGUCCUGUGAAGGAAGAUGCUGAAAUAGGCACGGCUGUCGCCAUGAUAACUAUUACUGACAAAGAUGGAGGAAAAAACGGGCUGACCGAUUGUAAAAUAGUCGGAACUGCUCCAUUUAAGUUGAACCGUAACUAUAAAAACUAUUAUUCCUUGUUAGUCGAUGGUCCUCUGGAUAGAGAGGCUGUGUCUGAGUAUAACAUAACAAUUACAGCCGCAGACGAAGGGACGCCAUCACUGUCCAGUGUCAGUGUGAUUCAAGUGAAAGUUGCAGAUGUUAAUGACAACCCGCCACGCUUUCAGGAACCUGUGAUCAAUAUUUAUGUGAAAGAGAACAGUCAGAUAGGCUCUCUCAUUUACACGCUCACAUCGUCAGAUUUGGACUCAACUGAGAACGCUAAAAUAUCUUACAGUUUAAUUUAUAGGGAGAAAAAAAAUAUUCCCGCCUCAUCACUUGUUAAUAUAAACUCAGACACCGGGGAGAUAGUGAGUCUUCAGACUUUUAACUUUGAGGAGCUCAAAACGUUUCAGUUUAAGGUCCAGGCCACAGACUCUGGUGUCCCUCCGCUCAGCAGCAACGUGACUGUGAACGUUUUUAUUCUGGAUGAAAAUGACAAUAGCCCCUCGAUCCUGGCGCCCUAUUCUGAGCACGGCUCCGUUAACAGUGAGAGCAUCCCCUAUUCCGCUGAAGCGGGCUACUUUGUGGCAAAGAUCAGGGCUGUAGACGCAGACUCUGGGUACAACGCGCUGCUUUCUUAUCACCUGUCUGAGCCCAAAGGGAACAACCUGUUCCGGAUCGGGACCAGCAGCGGAGAGAUCCGCACCAAGAGGAGGAUGAGUGACAAUGACCUGAAAAGUCACCCCUUGGUGGUGCUGGUGUGUGAUAACGGAGAGCCCUCCCUGUCCGCCACUGUGUCUAUUGAUGUAGUGGUGGUGGAGAGCACAGCGGACAUUCAGACUCAGUUCAGACAUGUGCCCAUAAAGGAGGAGAGCUUCUCGGAUUUAAACCUGUACCUGCUCAUCGCCAUUGUGGCGGUGUCAGUCAUCUUUCUGCUCAGUCUCAUCACGUUAAUAGCAGUCAGAUGUCACAGGACAGAGAGCUCUUUCAACAGGUACAGCGCCCCCAUGAUCACCACCCACCCUGACGGGAGCUGGUCCUACUCCAAAUCCACUCAGCAGUAUGACGUGUGCUUCAGCUCAGACACACUCAAGAGCGACGUAGUCGUUUUCCCCGCACCGUUUCCUCCUGUAGAUGCAGAACUGAUCAGUAUUAACGGAGGAGACACUUUCACCAGGACACAGACUUUACCUAAUACAGACAAGGUAUGA